AUGGUGGUGGGCAGUCUCCAAUAUUUGUCUCUUACACGUCCGGAUAUCUCGUUUGCCGUCAACAAGUUAUCACAAUUCAUGCACCGACCGACGAAUGAACAUUGGGCUGCAGUGAAACGUGUUCUCCGAUACCUCUUGGGAACCAAAACACAUGGCAUUUUUCUUCACGCCAAGAACACUCCAACUCUACAUGCAUUCACAGAUUCUGAUUGGGCAGGUAACAAAGAUGAUUAUACCUCUACAAGUGCCUACGUUGUCUAUCUUGGAAGUCAUCCUGUGGCAUGGUCGUCUAAAAAGGAAACGGGAGUAGCUCGAUCAUCUACCGAGGCUGAGUAUCGAGCUCUAGCAUCCACCACAUCCGAGAUUUGCUGGACUAUGUCACUUCUCUCUGAACUGGGCAUCACCAGCACCACCACACCUGUCAUUUACUGUGACAAUAUUUAA